CCUCCUCUACUCUCUAGCAAAGUGCAAAGUGCAAAGUGCAGCGCAGUGUAGUGGUGUCCUUUCCAAUUUCACUUCCAUGGAAAGAAAUGAAGCUUUCUCUUUACUGCUACUACAUACAUGAAGAAGAGCACAUUCAUUUAUAUUUGUCAAUGAAAUGAAAUGGGUGGAUUGAAACCCUCACUUCCCAUUGACCCUUUCUUUCACUUACACUCAACGUCGUUGUUUCGUCCCUUUUUUCCCUCUACCGCCUCUCAACGACUACCAUCACCCUCAAGCUUAAACCCCUCCUAUUGGGAUCUCCGCAGCGGAUCCACCGCUAUAGCUAUUUUCUCUUUCUUUUCUUCUAUACCAUGGACCCUGAUACCUCUCCCCCUGCUGUAGUCAUCGAUAAUGGGACUGGGUACACGAAGAUGGGGUUUGCCGGGAACGUGGAGCCGUGUUUCAUUCUCCCAACGGUGGUUGCUGUUAAUGAUUCGUUCGUGAAUCAGCCGCGGACUUCGACCAAGAGCAGCAACUGGUUAGCCCAGCAUAGCGCUGGGGUUAUGGCGGAUCUGGAUUUCUAUAUUGGCGAUGAGGCGUUGGCCAGAUCUAAAUCUAGUAAUACUUACAAUCUUAGUUAUCCGAUUAAGCACGGCCAGGUCGAUGAUUGGGAUGCUAUGGAGCGAUUCUGGCAGCAAUGUAUCUUCAAUUACCUGCGGUGUGAUCCUGAAGAUCACUAUUUUCUUUUAACUGAGAGCCCCAUGACUGCGCCGGAGAGUCGGGAGUACACUGGAGAGAUAAUGUUUGAAACGUUCAAUGUUCCUGGGCUUUAUAUCGGAGUGCAACCUGUUCUUGCUUUAGCGGCUGGGUACACAGCAUCUAAGUGUGAGAUGACAGGGGUAGUUUUGGACGCUGGAGAUGGGGCUACACAUGUUGUACCUGUUGCAGAAGGUUAUGUUAUUGGGAGCAGCAUUAAAUCAAUUCCGAUUGCUGGCCGAGAUGUUACUCUCUUUAUUCAGCAGCUUAUGCGGGAAAGAGGUGAGCAUGUUCCCCCUGAGGAUUCCUUUGAAGUAGCCCGGAAAGUAAAAGAAAUGUACUGUUACACUUGCUCUGACAUUGUCAAGGAGUUUAAUAAGCAUGACAAAGAACCGGCAAAAUAUGUUAAACAAUGGAGAGGUACAAAACCCAAAACAGGGGCACCAUAUUCUUGUGAUGUUGGCUAUGAACGGUUUCUUGGUCCUGAGGUUUUCUUCAAUCCCGAGAUUUACAAUAGUGAUUUUACUACUCCUCUGCCUGCUAUAAUAGACAAAUGCAUUCAGUCUGCACCAAUAGACACAAGAAGAGCCCUGUACAAGAAUAUAGUUUUGUCUGGCGGAUCAACCAUGUUCAAAGAUUUCCAUAGAAGAUUGCAACGAGAUUUAAAGAAGAUAGUUGAUGCUCGUGUUCUUGCAUCAGAUGCUCGGUUGGGUGGAGAAAUCAAAGCACAACCGGUGGAAGUAAAUGUGGUCAGCCAUCCAAUACAGAGAUAUGCAGUUUGGUUCGGAGGAUCUGUGCUUGCAUCCACUCCUGAAUUUUUUGCGGCUUGCCAUACGAAAGCAGAGUAUGAGGAGUAUGGAGCCAGCAUAUGCCGCACAAACCCUGUAUUUAAGGGAAUGUAUUGAUAUGGAGGCCAUUUGAAAUUUGAACUUGAUGAUUAUAAAGAAAUCUGUUGGUAUCAUGUUCACUUGAAAAGGUCAACCAUUCCAAGUUCACAUGAGUUAAUUUCUUCGAAAUCCCAAUCCAAAAUCACAUUGAUGUAUGCUUCCAGCUGGCUAGAGGCUUGUAUAGAUAGACUUGUUGAUUCUUGCUUUAUAGGAAACCUCUACCUUCAUGCAGGAACCCUUUGGUCAAUGCUUUUCCAGAAAAGUUGGUUUGAUUUUGGAAGCUACUGAGCUGAAUGUGAUUAUCUCAGCGUUCGCCUUUUAGCUUCAUAAAGUUCUUACAGUAUAACUCAGAUAAUUAUGUUAUUUCAUUCGUUGAAAGAUUGAUAUUUGAUUAGAGGUUUAGAAUCAUGGUUUUGGUUGCAAUUUGUCCAAAAGUCCGUCCUUGUAUGUACUGUUCGUUAGAAAAAUUCUUGUCAUUUUCCUGGGAUAGCUAAUGUAUACAAAUGGAUUUUUGUAUCAACUCAAAUGCUUGAUUAAUUAUGCAUUUGGACAGUCGAGAUUCUGUUGCUAUUGAAUUUAAA